UGCGCAGCAAAUUCGUCUUGCUUGAGUGGUGCAGGAGUGACGUUGGAGGUUCCCAGUGAACAGUACCGCUGCCUCUCACCGAUCACAGAACUCCCUUCACCCAUGCCCACACCGAUGCCUUCUCCUCUGCCUACUCCAAGUAAACAAAGGCAAACUCAGCUGCGUACCAACAGCACUGAAUCGUCAAACAUGGAAAACACCGCAGAUGAAACUGAAUCUGAAGCCAGCGUUACAAUUGAACGGACAAGUUCUGGUGCCUCAAUUUCAGACUCACGAAUUUUCUUCCAAGCUUUCGGUGAAAACAAUAAAGAAAAACACAAAAAUUGUUUGCCACUAAUCGUUCCAAAACUAAUUUUAAACUUACCUUCGCCUGGAACUUCACCAGCUGGAUCCCCAGCCUCUUCUCCGAAGGUAAAAACUCGUCCUCCUCCAUUGAUAUUAUCAGAUUCUAAUUUCAUUGACAUGCCGAACCUUGUGCCUGUCAUAAAUGUCCAUAAUGAGAAUGGCGAGAUGCUGGAGCGGUUUGACUCUACGCCUCGUCAGCGUUCACAAAGCCUUGACGUGGGAAGUGUCAUGAAGAUACCAUCAAUUACAAUUACUAUGGCCAGUGAGUCCCCAACAAUUACAAGAAAAAAUAGUACGAACCAUUCAUUUCAACCUCCAGUUUUCACAAUUACUUCCGCUUCUCCUAAACUUGAUAGGAGAAAUUCAAAUCCUUUUGGAACCUUGGAAAACAUGGAGUCUAGUUCUGGACCAAUCGUUAACACAGUUCAUGUACCAUUUGUUACCACGAAGAAGAGAGGCUUGAGAGAUGGUCAAAAUUACCUGGGCUAUCAAGAUUUUCCGUCAAUUGGAACACCUUCAUCAAUUCUUGAUUCGGAUCCCGAGUCACCUAACCGACGUCUGACUGGACCUUCUCCUAAUUUGCUCUCUCCGUUUUUCGGAGCCGCCGGCUCACACAUGACCUCGGAAUCAAAUCUAAGUUCUUCUGGUUAUUCAUCGGCGUAUUCACCGGGCCCAUCCAGAUGUAAUUCGAACAACCCACUUUUUUCUACUGAAACCGAUGACUCAAUGACGCAUUCUCUUUCUUCAAUACCUUCUUGUCCAAUGGCUUCACUGGCUGGCGAUCAAAAUACAAGAACUGGAUCCACCGCAACUACUUCACCGUCCCAAUCAAACACUCCUACAAAAAUGCCAGCAAUUAUUCUUCCCUCCAUCAUAGUUGAAUCUACGCUUGGAAUGACAGAUUCUGAGACCACGGAUGAACCGCAAACUUCUCAGCCAGACUCGGCUCUGGACGUUGACACCAAUGAUGAACCGGAAUCGGAUGGACCAAGCGAAUCGCAUAGUGUGAAAGAGAGAACGAAUCUGGGGACUGAUAUGAGCGUUCGACGACAAAUAAAUAUCCUGAUUUCCUCACAUUCUUUCCCGGGAGAAGCCCCUCGACUGCACACCUGCCCUCCAACGAUCGUUGUGCACGGAUCUCUGCAAAACGAGUCCUCACUUGAAGAUUAUAUGACAGACAAUGCAUUAAAGCCAUCUCCAGUUAGUAGUAGAAGUGAGUCGCCUACCAGUGAUAGUCGACUGACUGUAAAUCAGAUCCGCACAUCAUUUUUCAACAAAAGCGGUAGAAGAGAACUCCCCCAUACUGACUCAGAUGGCUUGUAUGAUUUUCCAAGCACUGAGGCGCUGAAUUUCAACUGUCACAGAAGUCAACCCAACUUAAAGAGACCUGGACACAGAAAAACACGAAAGUCAAGUAAUAAAUCAAGAGCAAGGCAUCAAAUUAGACAAUCUGAAAAUGAUAAUAACUGUUUUGGGUCCAACCGUGACGCAAUUGUUUCUUUGGAACCUCCUUCGCAGCGACGUUCAAGAAUAUUAGGUCCAAAAAGAAGAGCAAGAGCCCGUAGAAGCAUCGACCUCUUAUCAUCUUCUGAUGAAAGUAUUCCCUCUCCAAGUGUCGACGCGCAUCACUGCCUUCAACAGAAAGCAGGCGAAGAAUCAACUUCGUCUCAGAUUACACUAUAUGCUCACUGCGAUCUAGAGACUACUUCAGAUUCGACCAAAAUAUUAGCAAAGUCUCUAACUCCAGAGAGAGGAAUUGUCUCUUCAAACUCUGAUUCCACGAUAAUAGAGCAGACAGUCUCUUAUAGAAUCGAAUCGUACGAAGACGGUGAGAAUUCAAUAGCAAACACGCACUUAACGGUAGCUGCAGUAGCUUCUGGGUCGCGAGCAGAAACUUUAAAUCCGUAUUCCAAAUGUAGCGACCCAAGUACUCACGAAAGUAACACGAGUUUCAAAGUAAAAAAUAGAAAGACGCUGACUCGCUCCGAUGGCGUUGCCACCAGUACUUUGACGCGACAGAACUCAGUUGACACCUCUGAAGAUGAAACACAAGAGGACCGUAGCUCGUGUGACACGAGCAAAAAGGAGCUCGAUCCUCAACACAGGAAAUCUUUCAAGCUUCGCGCUCCAAAAAAUGAGAUGAGAUUAUUCCGCCGCUUUUCGUCAACUUCUUUGAACUCUCCGCGUAGACAAGUCGCACCCAGCGGUGCGUCGAACUCCGAUCCGGAUUCAGAGUUCACCCUAGCUGCUGCGGAUCCGGAUCACCGAAUUGAGUUCGUUUCCAGACCGAGAUCAAACUGAGAACGCCAUGUAUGAUUGUGCUGACAUGAAUUUAUCGAACCUAUCUUUCCAUUCCACUAAAAAGUUGAGGUCGCGUGGUCUGUGGUUUGAUGUUCUACUGAUGCACCGUGAGUAAUAUGCGGAUGAAUCGUUGAGGCAUCGGAGGCAAAGUCUGCCCUACGUCUAGUCGGAAAUAAAAACUAUUUUAGGACGUAUAUCUUCGAAAUUAUAUUAACUCUUUUCUCACUUAUUGAUGAUUUGGACACAUUCAUGCACUACUGUUCGCCUAUUCAGUAUUGCAAAAUCAGCGUCCAGGAGCGAGAAUUUUUACAUAUAUGACAUUUAUGCCAUCACUUGAGCAUAAGACACUAUUGUGCCCUCACAUAUACCUACAUGACAUUUAUGCCCUCACUUGUUCACACAUGACAUUCAUGCCCUCACAUAUUCUAACAUGACAUUUAUGCCUUCACAUAUUAAUGACCAUUAGUGGCGAGGUGCACUGCUCAGAUUUGAAGCGCAAGUGCGGGUUCAAGCCUCAGCAGGCUGUUGGUAUUCUGCAAUGCAAAGGGUGGCAUCUAGUGUUGUUACCGCGUUAUCUUUGCCGUGCUGUCCUAAACGAAUCUCAUGAACAGCAGUUACUUUGAAUGACCAGACAGCGUCGCCAAGUUCGCAACAUUUUCACGUCAGUUCAAACUUUAUGUCCGAUCAUUCGUACUUUUGCAUUCAUCGUCCUACAAUGCAGACGAUAAUAAGCAAGUAGUUCAUUCAUAUGCUUGCACGAGCGCAGGAAUUUCUAGCAAUACAUUCUGGUGAGCAGUAAAUCUUGCAACACAAUUCAGUGCCGACUGCCUCCUUAUUCCUAUGCGUGGGAGAGAUCGCUUGCACAGAUGUGAGCGCAAGCAUUAACAGUUACGGUAUUACUGCGUAAACAUACGAGUAUUAUAAUUUCCCAUAUAAAAAUUACCUUAAAUUUAUUUGAGUGUUUCGACCACAACUGACAUCGUCAAAUUCUUUUUCUAGGCCUGACGGCACAAACAGACCUCGGAUUGGACUCGAGUUUCUUCUCCACAUGGAGACAUAACAUAACCUCGUCUAUUGGAUAUGUUCUUGAUAAAUGCUGUAUAGUUCUGGCACAACUAAUGAUUUUGUAUCCAGCUCAUUUGAAAUACGGAGCUAAAAUGAAUUGUAGAUACAGGCUUUUGCAUGAAAUCUUGCAUUAUUUUCAUGGUUCACACGUUUUAAGUUCAGCUCGCGUGAGGAGUAAGUAAUUUGUUGCUAAAUGUAAUCUGGAUUAUUUGUUUAGGAAAUUUUCUACUUCCACGAAAUAUACUACAGAGAGAAUGGGCAGUGGCGUACCUCAACUAAAAAGUUUUCUUUGAUCGAGAACUUAGAAUAGAUUGUAAUCUUGUUCCUUCUCAUGGGAUGCUGUAAAUAUUUGUUGAAUGAUGUUUGUUUUACGUUUUACAUUUAGUUGCUCGCUUCUCGCCUUUAAUUGGCCCUCAAAAGAUGAGGAGACAAAGUCCGACAUAAACAUUAUAUAUCAAUUACCUCGUCGCCGCAUUGCAUUAUAUAAUACAGAAAUAAUUUUAAAAUUAGCGAUUACGCCUGGAGAAAGUUGAUGAACUGAAAGUUUUCAGAAAUGUUUCUUGUGGCUCAUCUAUUUCUAUUAGAUUAGAGUCACACACUCGUGCACAACAUUUUUUUGGCCAAAAAUGGCGCCUGCAGUCAUCAUAAUGUAAUGAGAUAUUCAUAGAUACAAUUUAUUUGUGGUUAGUUAUUUAAAUAAUACUGUUUGGGUUGCUAAAUUUUUAUUUCGAAAUCGUUAGUUUUUGGUGUUAGUUGUCAAACUUAUUCAAUAGCACUUUCAGGGUUGGUGAUGAUCAUAUCAAUAAGAAAAAAAUAAAUAUUCUUAGGAGAAGUGUGGUAUUCCCAUACAAUUAGGUUUUCUCAUCGCAGUUUUAUGAAGAAUUUUUAGGAAUUUUUUACCGAAAGUAGACGUGGAUUGUCGUAAGCCCAUACUAUAGCCCUCCGACUUCAUUAUCAGUAUCAUCGUAUCAUCACCUCACCUCUCUCGCCCGCCAAAAAUUUGACAUUACAUCGUUGAAUUCAACGAUCGUUCCUCCUAGAGUAGUUUUCGUUUCGUUAUGGCAAAGUGUAGCGUUUUGAAAAUUCCUGGAAUUAAGGCGAGUCUGAUAUUUCUUGUAUCAUCAAUUAUGCCCAAAUAAUAAUCCCUACAUGUCUUUGAAACAAUAAUUUACGGACGUUACCAUUUUCAUUAAAAUUACUAUGCUUGUUGAGGCGAAGUGACGGCAUGCGAAAUGCUAUUACGAAAUAAUCCUUAAGUUUACAAACGUAUUUUAAAAUAAGUGUGAUGUCGGUAAUCUUAAGCAUCAAACCUUUUUUCUCGAAUCACCUAUAAGAUUUAAGAGUUAGAAUAAAAUCUUGAAUGUAUACCUUUUUGAUAUUACUGUCAUUAGCAUGUAACUUGAUGAAAAUCACAAUGCCUGGAAAACCUAUUUCAAAAUGGCUUUUAGGUAUUAAUCGAAUUCUAAGUGAACGUAAGUUUAUAGAAUUUUCUUUGUGCGUGUUGAUAAAAUUUUAUUGUGCUAGGCCGUAAUUGAUGUCCUGUUAGCUUAAUUAGAAUUCAUAACUAAUUGGGAUCUGAAUGAAAUGUCAGGACCUGGAGCAAUUUAGAUCUCAAAUAUUUCUUUCCCUGAAAACGAAUUUCUUUCCCUUUCUCUCCGUUGAUCUUUCCGGCGUUUACGUGUGAGAAAAAAGUUUAAUUUAGGCGAAACUUUACUGCUGGAAGUAUACAUCUGUAAAUUUGUCAUGGACACGUUAUGUAGAAAUUACGGGUCAAUAUAAAUGAGUCUGUGCCCGUAUUUCGCGGCACUCCUACAACCACGAAAUGCACGCAAUCACCCUGCACGUAAUCACCCUAUACAUGAUCACCCUACACGUAAUCACCCUAUGAGCUCAAGUACCGAGAUUGUAGAAUUAACUGAAAAUAUGUUGGGUAAUUAUCGAUCAUAUGCAUUUGCAAUUCCAGAAAAACGUCACUGCUUGCUCAAGUGAAAAAUUUAUUGAAAAAUUAAAUUAGGAUCAAGUUUGGAAAAAUUUAAUAAGUGAAUUGUGGUUUGAAUUUGAUCAAUAAUGGGGGCCACUUAGCAUGUACACAUAAUUGUUGCGUAGAUAUUAACAACUGCUCGAUACUUCCUGGAUCACCAUUGUUACUCAUAUUUAAGAGUUUAUAUAACAAGUUUUAUAGUUGGGUGAAGAUAAAAAAUCAUUAUAAAUAGAAAAAGGCAUUACUUAUCACGAAUAAGAUAAGAACUUGUGUAGUAAAUUCGACUGUAGUCAAGAUCCGAACAGCAAUCGAGUUUAUCACACUCGUACCUCAGUUUCAAUUUGAAUAUGUAGUAGAAGACAUUUUUACGGUAACUCAGGGAUAGACUUUCAUUAAUUUACUUUAUGCAGUGUCGAACAAAUAAUUGUAAACAAUUUUGAACCGUGGCUUUAGGGUAAUAUAAUUGCUACCCAAUUAUCUUAACAAACACGAUUUAUCAUAAGACUUUCUAUGCUUCUUACUAUGCAUGAUCAUGAAUGUGUCUCUUUCUCACCGAAUAAAUUUCUAUCGCCUU